AUGUAUACCACAAGAAGUACGUUACCAUCAACAAAGUUCUCAAUUUCCAACGUAGUACCCGGUGAUGGCAAUGUCUACUUAAGUUGGAACGAAGUGCCAGGAGCAACAGGCUAUUUAAUUAACUAUGGCAGAAAUUUUAGAACUUCGGCAAGAGUAGUAAAAUCUGCAGCCGCUUCAUUUACUGUUAAAGGGCUCGAGAAUGGUGCUACUUAUCAUUUUACGGUUCUUACAGUUCCCGAAGCGGGACCUACACAAAAAACACCACAGAUAACUAUAACACUUCCUGAGCGGAGUGGUAUUCAAGCUCGACAACUUGGCCUUCUUAUUAAUGACAACGAUCCUGACAGUGUUGUUCUUGGCGAGUACUAUCGAACACGUCGUAACAUUCCUUCUGAGAAUAUUGUUCAUUUGAAUAUCUCAAAAGUACCGGAGAUUAGUCGAGCAGCCUUUCAACUUUUGAAGACCCAAGUUGAUUUAAUGUUGCCUGAAACUGUACAGGCAGUUGCAAUUGCAUGGACAAUACCAUCGCGCGUUGAAUGCAACUCAAUCACGUCAGCAUUGGCCCUAGGCUUCAUGGAUGCUCCUUGUAUUAAAAAUACAUGUUCGUGGGCCACUUCAUCGCCAUAUUAUGGAUCCAAUUCGACUCACCCGUUUACAGACUUCAAGAUGCGUCCAGCGAUGAUGCUGGCAGCACUCAGUCUGGAACAAGCCAAACAGUUGGUUGAUCGAGGAAUCGCUUCUGAUGGAACUCAGCCACAUGGCUCUGCAUAUAUAAUGAAUACUACUGAUGCAACGAGAAGUCUUCGAGCGAGAAUCUUUCCUGCUAGUAAUUUGGGAAAAUAUUUAAGUCCCUAUGUAGAUGUACAAAUCAAGAAUGCUGAUUGGAUUUCAGGAACAACAGAUGCCCUUUUCUAUUUUCAAGGAUUGCAAGCCGUCAACCAUAUUGGUAUGAACACAUACCCACCAGGUGCUGUAGCAGAUCAUUUGACAUCCUACGGAGGAAUGCUCACCGAUUCUUAUCAAAUGUCUGCACUUCAUUUUAUCGCUGGUGGUGCUACAGGAACAUUCGGAACUGUCAGUGAGCCGUGCGCCUAUUCACAAAAAUUCCCUGAUCCUUCAAUUAUGAUUUCCCGUUAUACUAAAGGAGAGACACUUAUCGAAGCGUAUUGGAAAAGUGUGUUGCAAACGUUUCAAGGUGCAUUUGUCGGAGAACCUUUAGCGAAUCCUUGGAAACAAAUAAUUUCUCGACAUUGA